GUCGCACCGCCAGAGGGUCCUUUCUUCCCUGUCGAUGCCAUCAACUUUUACGCAGGAAUAUGACAAGAUGGGCCUGAACUCUGACAGUUUGCACAUAUUCCUUCCAAGCCACCUGUAUCCGAUAUCAUUUGUGAUUGUCGGCAUUGUUGGAGCCCUCGUUUGCUUGAUCGUUUCUCACUUUGCUCGACGACAGAAGACAGUGUUGCCAGACUUACCGUGGGUCGGCAACAAUAGCACUAGAUGGUUUGGCAUUCUUCGGACGAGAUGGUGGACAAUGUUAAAUUACGAGAGUGCAUUAGCCCUCGCGUAUCGAGAGUAUGGCCAAAAGGAUAAGGCAUGUAUCCUCGGCACUCUGGACGGGGAAGUUGUAUUGCUCCCACCAUCCAGUAUUCCCUGGUUGAUCUCGCAACCCUCGCAUAUCCUUUCCGUCAACGGUGCACACAAGCACAUCUUGCAAACAAAGUACUCUUUCCCGCGACCCGAGAUUAUGGACCCCACGGUCCAUUUUGAUGUGAUCAGAUCUGAACUUACACGUCAAAUGUUUUCCAUCACGUCCGAGGUAAGUGAUGAGAUGCGGGCGGCCAUCAGCGACGUAUUUGGAGAGGAUCCCAACUCCUGGAGAGAAGUCAAGUUGUUUGAUGCAGUCAUCAAGAUUAUCGCCAGGACGAGUAAUCGUGUAUUUGUGGGUCUGCCUCUCUGUAAGUCCGUGUCGUUCCCAAGCGAAACUUAACUCCUUUUCUGAACCAUCGGAGUUGUUUCUGUGUUGUCACUUGAUCGUCGUGCCUUCUGACUUGCACCCAAUGUCUUAUGUAGGUCGAGAUGAGGAGUAUCUGCAGAACGCGAUCGGAUUUGCAGAAGACAUUGCCCUCUCCGCCACGGUGCUUCGAUUGAUGCCCACGUGGCUUCUACCGGUAGUCGCACGUAUUACAACCCACUCCAAUAGGAAGCACGCACGAGCAUACACCGACAUUCUUCGUUCCGAGGUUCUUCAUCGUCAAAGUUCGGAGCAGCAGCAGGUGGCAGAAAAGCCAGGGGUUAUCGCUAAGAAUGAUUUCCUGCAGUGGCUCCUCACUCGUUCGAUAAACAGAGAUUACGGCCAAGGCCCUGAUGAGACAGACCCUGAGAUAAUAUGUGCAAGAUUAUUGCACACCAACUUUGCCAGUGUCCACACUACAGGAUUCAUUGGUACAAACGCAAUAUUGGACAUUCUGGCUGCGCCAACAUCUGACCAAGUCAUUGAAACCCUUCGCCAAGAAGCUCUUGAUACCAUUGACACCGAGUCGGGGCUCGAAUCCAAAUCCUCGUUGUCCUGGUCGAGAGCUUCGCUGCAGAAGCAGCACCUUUUCGAUUCAGUACUGCGAGAGUCUGCUAGGAAGGCAUCGAUCAUUGGCGUUGGAGUCAACCACUAUGUCGUGGCCCCGGAAGGCAUUACAACCGCAGAUGGGAUCCACCUCCCACAAGGCUGCAUGCUUGCAACCCACAGCUGGGGAUUGCACCAUGAUGAAGACAUCUACUCUGAUGCGCGCCGGUUCAAAGCAUUCCGCUUCGCCGAGAUGUGCAAGAACAGCCCCGGCGAUUUUGACGAUGGCAACAAAUUUCCGGAUGGAGGGAAUCUUCAGUUUAUUGCGACCAGCGAGCGAUACCUCGGGUUUGGGCAUGGCAGGCACGCGUGUCCUGGCCGAUUCUUCGCAAGCGCCGAGCUGAAGCUGUUGUUGGCGUACCUCUUGGUACACUACGAUCUGGAGAUUGUCGGUGCAAAGAAGGGGGAGAGACCACCUUGCUUCUGGGCCGGGCCCAACCAUGUACCGCCUAUGAGUGCCAGAGUCAAAGCCAGAAGGAGGAGGUCUGUGACUUGAUUGAGAACGAGACGACGAGGUACAGAUACCAAUGACGCGCACAGACUGCGCGUCAACUGUUGAGAUCAGCUCCGCAUUUCACUUGGGAGAAGGUCUAAAUGUUGAAUGGAAGAGGAUCAUGGAGUCUCCUUUGAAGCCCAUUGUCCAGUGAAGUGGGUCGCCGGUCAACUGAAUCUUGGUACCAAGUAGUCUCAGUUCAGGUUUGCUUCGACUGUCGCGGAAAGCUCUGACGUGACAUGCCGGGCAUUCCAAAAACCUUUCCCGUAGCUCACCACAAUCUCCUG